GUCACCACAGCGGGGUUCACACACAACACAGCUCAGAAAAGCAUCCUGCGUUGUAGCUAGCCCACCCUCUGUGAAACACACCGGUAUUACCACCACCAUUCACAUCUCCUUGUUGGGCCUGAUGGCCACUUCCACCCCGCCUUUUACCGCAUUGGGUGGCUCCACCUCCACUCGGGACUACCUCUACCGUGCCUUGUACCUUCGCAGGGAGUUGCUGAUUCUCGCCACGCAGAGGAGCAGCAACGACGCGGACCCUAGCAAGUCAGCGACAGGGGCGGAGCCGCCAUCGGCGUCCGACUCCUCUACCCUGAACCUCAAUGACAUCCUCCUCCUCCCUCCGCUCUACGGUGUCGAAGGUUUAACAGCGCCACCGGUGGACGGCGGCAGCACCCCCUCAGAUGAUCCGAUGCUGACGAUCGACCACGCUUGGAGAGGGCUCGUGCACAUCCGCGGCCCGUCCUCGCCGUGGUACCGCGGCUGCUUCGCCUUCCACGCGUACUUCCCCAGCCGCUACCCCUUCGAGCCGCCCAUCGUUGAAUUCACGACCCCGUUGCGCAGUCACCCCCUCGUGCAGGAGCGCCGUGCACUUCCGCAGGACCACGUCACAGCGGCGGACUUGCCCUCUGAGUUUCCGUCUCGCGUGGCCCCACAGAGCAGCGCCGUAACGAACACGUCGACGGCCCACUCCUCCUCCAUUGCUGGUCGGUGUGCCGCCAUCCCGUUUGAGGACGUCUACGCCGCCGUGGACCCGAUGCGCGUGUCCGUCAUGGCGGUGCUGCUGCAGCACGUCCUUCGUUUUUUUUACCCAGCGGAGUGGACGGCCGCGAUGGAGGCGGCCGCGACGAGCGCUGCGGCCGCGCGUGGGACGGGGCAGUCGGCCGCGGUGAAUCGGGUGGUGGCUCGCCGAGAUGUGGAGCGGCGCAGCGUGACGCAGGAGGUGGCGUUGGGUCGGCCCUUUGAGCAGUACGUUGGCGACGACGUUGCGCAGCACUUUUUGCAGCUGUGGGAUACGGCGGGUGCCGCCGGCGCGGUGGAUGCGACGGGGACGAUGGAGAGCAACGACGCCGACUGGUACACCCGCGAAGUUCUCCCGCACCUUCUGCACUCCUAA